GUAAUCGCACUCCGUAUCCACAUUUCCGCCAUUUAUCAAUCAAACUUUGGUGAUAUCGCACAGCGUUACCUACAUCACUCUUUCAUUCUGCAUAAUCAUUGAUCAAGAACUUAUCAGGGGUCGAACCUCGAAGGGAAGUGAUAUUUGACAAGUUUAAGAAGGUUUCCACAGGGUUUGUGUACGAGAUUGGUAUUCGAAUAAUCUCAUAGCGGUUGAACAAAUAGCGGGGUAGAGGCUGAACAAUCUAACCUUCUCGAAUUGUUUUCUCCUAGCUGCUACCUGACGAGCUUACUGUCAGAGCACUAGACAUUCUCGGGGUGAAAUCCUUGUCACGAUUGUCUACAGUGCGAACGGACACCGGAGAACUGGAAUUCAACACGCACUGUCGUAUAAUCUGAGGAGUUCUCCGUGCUUGCCACUUUCACAAGAAAGCCUUUGAUAUUCAAUCUCUACAAAUCCUAAGGAGAUUCAUAAGUAUGAGAAUUGCUUGUUUACAGUUCGAUCCUCAAGUCGGAGAUGUCAAAAAUAACUUCACAAAGGCGGAUGCAAUACUCGCGAAAGCAAAACCGGAAGAUCUCGAUCUUUUAGUAUUGCCUGAGAUGGCAUUCUCUGGUUAUAAUUUCUCUUCUUUGGAACAAAUCACUCCUUACCUUGAGCCGACUACUUCCGGUGUCACGUCUUCGUGGGCACGCACGGCAGCUCUCAGGCACAACUGUAUAGUUACGGUUGGUUAUCCAGAGAAAGUUGGCGAUUUAUCUAGUGGAUCAACAAAUUCCAAAUGCUAUAAUUCUACGGUUACGAUGGAUAAGGAUGGCAAGACUAUCGCCAACUAUCGAAAGUCAUUCCUAUAUUAUACAGAUGAAACUUGGGCUCAUGAAGGAUCUGGCUUUUUUGAUGGAGAUAUCGAGGGUCUAGGGACUGUGGCAAUGGGAAUCUGCAUGGACUUGAAUCCAUAUAAAUUCGAAACUCCUUGGAAUGCUUGUGAAUUUGCUUUUCAUGUACUUCAAAAGAAAGCAAAUCUUGUCAUCAUGUCCAUGGCUUGGCUUACAAGACAAGAUCAAUUACCUUACAGUCUAUUGGCAAGAGAGCCUGAUAUGGAUACAAUCUCUUACUGGAUUUCUAGACUGAAACCUAUAAUUGAAGCUAGUAGGACAGAAGAAAUCAUUAUUGUUCUCGCCAAUCGGUGCGGAGCUGAAGGCGAAUCAACGUAUGCCGGAACUAGCACAAUCCUAGGUAUCAAGGGUGGCGAAGUUAAUGUCUACGGAAUACUCGGCCGAGGUGAGGAAAAGCUUUUGAUUGUCGACACUGAUCAGCAUCCUAUGGCAAAAAUAAUUUCGGGUACCAAGUGAACCGAGAGGUGAAUCCGCCAACUAUCGACGCAAUCUCGUAGCUCAAUGCUAGAAGUCGAAUAACCAAACCAUGUUGUCGAUGACUUUCAGAUAAUAAACUCAACAGCAACUACAUUUACAAGUAUCUCACAAUGAUAAUACCUGUCGCGUUGGA